AUUUGCUUCCCUUCUAUUCGGAGUUUUCAGUUCUCGUUCAUUUCAAAGAUUUUAAGAGAAAUGCUUAAUUAUUAAAUAGAUUACAGCAUGGGUAGCGAAAUAGAGUCUAUUUCUAAAUUAGCUUUAAUUAAUAAAAUUGAUCCUUUAGAGUUUGACAUUACUAUAGGAGCCCUACUAAUAGGAAUUGGAGCUGAAAAAUAUGUUGAUAUUUUUAGGAAACAAAACAUAGGUCAACUAACUCUUACGGAGCUGACAGAUGAAGACCUUAUUAAAUUAGGAAUUGACAAUGCUGAAAUUAGAAACAAACUUUUAGAAGAAGUCAAAAACUUGCCAAUAUAUCAAGAAAAUGAACAGUUGUAUAAAUCCAAUUUAAAUUUGAACUCUAUAGAAAUAACUGAUAUUCUAGAAGAAAGUUCACAGCAUUUAUAUAGAAUAUACUUGAGUAUGCUAGCAAAUACAUUAGCUAUAAAGAAAUUGAAGAAAAUACCCGACUGUUUAGUUUAUAAAGAUAAAUAUGCCUCCGAUAUUGCAUUAGCCACAUUGAGUGAAAUUACAAAUAUUUUAAAUUCUAUGGAUAUAACAUUACAUACACAGUUAAAGGAAUUUACUACAGAGCCAAAUAACAAGAAGAUUAAAAAAAUUUUCGUGGGUACUGUCGGCAGUGCAGUGAUAGCCAUGUUGGCGGUAUUGUUUGUGCGCUCUUUGAAAGAUUUGAAAUAGGAGUGUAGUAGUUUUUUUAAUUUUUGUAUAAUACUAGUAUAACGAAAUAGUUGUGGUUCAGACUACCUUGUCGUAAAUAUUUACAUAUCAAAAUGUUACGUGUUAAAAAUAUC